UUGUUCUUCGUUCUGGUGAGGGUCAUCGAAGCCCUCGUGACUUACUCCCUACGUUCCCCUUUUUCACGCUUCUCUGCCUUUUUUAUGCCUUCUUUCCUGCAGUUACUCUCCGGCCGGUGGUAGUUGAGACUCCCGGCGCCCCGACAUGAGUUCCCGCCAUUCCCAGAGACCGAGGUUUUUCGCCGGCGAUUAGCCGGUAUCCGACGAAUCCGGCACCGGAACCCUGAUUGCACAUGGCAUCGGCCGUUUUGGCUAGUCGGAAUGAAGCGUAUUGGGGGGAACGAAAGGUUUAUAUGAGGAAAUACACCAACAACAACAAUUCUCGUCUCAAGUUCAUUCCUAACCCUAACCCUAACCCUAACUCUGAUCUUAAUCUUAGUAGGCAGAUCCAUGAUCUUCCAAGCAAGGCUCAGUUUCGCCGCACCAACGAGCCACCGGCAGCCUCUCUUCUUUCACCCGUGGCCAAUGAUUCGUCGUCACUCAACCGGAAAGCGAUUAGCCUCAACGAUCGGAAGGAGUCAUCUCAGGGUGGAUAUGUCACCUUCAAUCUCGGUGCGUAUUCGAGAAGAGAGCUGAAGGAGCUAAAGAAGCGCUUGUUAUUGGAGCUGGACCAGGUCAGGAACCUGAGGAAUCGGAUCGAAUCGAGAGACUUCGAAUCCAGAUCUGUAUACCCUGCUCCUCACCUUUCUAGCAGCCAUGGUGGCAGAGAAGCCAUUUCCACACCUAGACCACCGCCUCUUCAAAUCAAGUACGCAUUGGAUUCGCCCGGCGCGGCUGCCUCCAAGGAGAAGCGUACUCCCAAGGCGAACCAAUGCUAUCCGCCGUCCGAAUUCUUGAUCGGAAAGAAUAAAACUGUAUCCCCGAAAAGUAAGAAGGUUUCGGGAAGCAAACGUAGCUUACCGGUUGCCUCGGGUAGAGAUUCAAAGCGUCCGAUGCCGGAGCCGGAGCCAUUAAUGGACAAACUUGUGUCGAGUAUGAUGAGAAGGUGUGGUCAGAUCUUGACGAAGCUGAUGAAGCACAAGUUCGGGUGGGUGUUCAAUAAGCCGGUCGAUGUGGUUGGAUUAGGGCUUCACGAUUAUCACAAGAUAGUCAAGCAGCCAAUGGACUUGGGCAGUGUGAAAUCCAAGCUUGAAAGAAAAGUAUACUUGUCACCACUUGAUUUCGCUUCAGAUGUUCGGUUAACUUUCAGAAAUGCAAUGCUUUACAAUCCCAAAGGCCAAGAUGUGUAUUAUAUGUCGGAAAACCUUCUCAGUCUCUUUGAUGAGAUGUUCAAUCCCGCCUACAGAAAGUUUGAGAACGAGGUAGAAGAAGCACGGCAUAGGCACUGGCCUUUGGCUCCAGUUCCAGCUCCAUCUAGGAUGGCCAAGAAAUCUGAUACGGUCAGAGCACAAGCUGCACAUUUGGAGCCUCCAUCAGCUCAGAUCCCGAUGCCAAUGUCUGCACCUGUUCCUGCCCCAGCCCCAACUGUGAAUCCCUUGGUGCCAAGAUCAUCCGGAAAGUUACCAAAGCCUAGGGCCAAGGACAAGGUCAAAAGGGAGAUGAGCUUUGAGGAGAAGGCCAAAUUGGGGAUGAAUCUUGAGAAUGUGCCCCCCGAGAAGAUGGAGCAGUUGGUGGCUAUCAUAAGGAAGAGAAAUCCCCACAUGGCUCAAGAUGGGGAUGAUAUCGAGCUUGAUAUUGAGGCUGUUGACAUUGAGACAUUGUGGGAGCUUGAUAGGUUCGUGAGCAACUAUAAGAAGAUGGAGAGCAAGAUUAGGAGGCAAGGACUUAUUAUGAACCAGACUCUGGCUACCCAACUCAACAAGUCUCCUGUGACUGAUAAUCCUGACGCGGGGCAGAAGAACAAGAAAGGUGAAAUAGGGGAGGAGGAUGUUGAUAUUGGAGAGGAGAUGCCGGUGAGUCACUUCCCACCUGUGGAGAUAGACAAAGAUGCUGCUUAUGCCAGCAGCAGUUCACGUAGUUCCAGUGGCUCUAGUUCUAGUAGUGAUGACUCCUCAUCCAGUGAUUCAGGCAGUUCUUCUGGGAGUGAUUCUGAUGCAGACAGUGUUCAUUCGCCCUGUGCAGAAUCCAAGGACGCAUCUGUGACCUAAAAUGAUUGAUUAUUAGUGUGGACAAGUUUCAACUCUGGAGUGAAGGGAGGACUGGAUGUGUGAUUGAGACUGAGAAGUUACUUGACAUGGACAAGGAAACUUCUAGAAGCAGGCAGGUGAUUGAGGGGGUUCUGAAGUGUUCUCGGAAUUGUGGCUUUGUGGCUUUGUUUGCUAUGUUGUUUUUUUGUUUUGGAUGGUACAGAAUGGAUGAGAAACUGGAGUGAGCUGGAGAGAUUGGUGGGGGUUCCAUUUGUACCAUAUGUAAAGAGAGAAUGGCCUUAAUCCAGGAGAUGUUUUUAGAAACCAGGAGAUGAACGAAGUAGAUAGAUAGUAGGAGUUAGAAGAUAGGGUAGGUUUUUAGUGCAGGGGACCCAGAUAGAAGUGAGAAGAGGAUGGGUUGAGAUAUUUUUUGUAGGGUAUAACACCACCACAUGAUUUUCGGAGUGGUCAAGACGCAUAGCAGAAAAAUGUACAGAGAGAUCAAAGAGCAAAAGAAACCUUUGCCUUACCCAUGAAUGAGAUAGCAUGUGGUCUUUUUUUUUUUUUUUUGAAAUUUUCUGAAAGGAAAAAAACAGCUAUGUACCUUGCCCUCAUCUCCUUCUUCACCUUUGUCGAGCUUUUCUUUAUGCUUUUUAGCCUCCUUUGAUUGAAUUAAUGAAUACCCAACAAUUUCCUUCUUCCAUUA